UCACCAUGCAGCCACGCCCAGUUUGUUCACCUGAUAAAUAACCAACACCAGUCCUUUUCCAAUUCUCAGGGUGUGCAAGGUGGACCAAUAUGGAGAAUAAUGGAUAUGCAAAAGAGAAAUUUGGCUUAACAGUAGACAAAGGUAAAAUAAAGAAAUAUUCUGCUGGUGAGUUGAAUGAAUAUUCUACUGUCAAAACCUUCUCAACCAAUAAAUGCUGUGAGUUAAUAACGAAAAUGAUACCAUCAGUUUUGGAUACUUUAAAAACUGUAACUCUUUAUCAAGAAAUUGAUUCUGACGAAAUACACAGUUAUACACAUAUAAAUCAACUAAAUACUACUAAUAAAACAAUUAUAGUUUAUAUUUCAAAUGUUGUUCUAAAGUUAGAUUUUAAAAAGAACAGUACGGCUAUAUUUGAGAUUUCGGAGAUUUCUAACGGGAUAGCAAAAGCAAAACUCAUUGAACACGUAACUUUUAAGUCACUCCAAGUCCUGACCGAAUAUCUUAAUUACAACUAUUGUACGGACCCAAAAAUUGAGCAGCCGAGGGUUGAUAAAUACAUUCUUGAAGAAAUUUGUCAUUUAGCAAUUUACCCCAAUGGGAAAAAUUCUUAUUAUGCUCAAAUGCUGCACGUUUUAAAAAAUGGAUCAAUUCACAGAAAUGGAGAAAAUCGUACAUACAUUGUAGCAGGACAGUUUAUUUGUUUAAUUGACAGGAGCGACCUGUAUAUUACACCUGUGUUCAGAAUGAAUCACUUUACUGAGGACGGCAACGUUAUUAAAGUGACUGACAUUAAUAUUCCCGAAAAAAACAUGUCGUAUCAGAAAUUAUGUAAUAAGUUUUCCAAGUCACAAAACUUCAGAGAAUCUCUCAUUUACUUCAUCAAUGGAGAUCAAGAAAACCUUUUUUAUUGCAUGCAUAAUAAAUAUCAUGCAACUGCUUUAGUGGCGGUGUUAAUCUCAGAGGUCAUGAGAAAUCCAAUUAUGUUGUUUAAUAACAUAAUUGGAAUUCAAAUUAAUACAUUACAUACAUUUAGUGAGUUCCUCCAGAUCUUGCCAUCUCUAGCUGGGGGAACUUGGAAGGGUCAAAAAACCUAUGGUCCUAAAUUUUUAAAAAGAAACCAAAAAUUUCUCAGCAAUGUGGAAUUCAGUGAUUUACCGUUACUUGAUUUGUAUUAAUAAACAAACUAGGCACAUUCAUACAAAUGGUUCAUUGGAUCAGUCUAAAACGUUGCACAUACACUGAUGCUAUAAAGUGGCCAAAAUCUAAAUUGCGCCUGGGCUGGAAAAAUACAUUAUGGCCUUUGUCUUGCAUUUUCAAAGAUGAUGGUACAAAAAAUAAUACAAAAGAACGGUUGUUUUUUUCUUUGUACAAUUGGCCCAGCGUUGUCCUGGUUUGGAUGGUGUAGGCUGUCAUUGUAAAUAAGAAUUUGUUCUUAACUGAAUGGUUCAGUUAAAAUUAAGCAAUUUAAAAUAAAUCUAAACCUAAGAAAUUUACAGAGCAAAGCAGUUAACACCUAACAACUGCUCCCUGGAUGGUAAAAAUUCAUAUUCAUUAUUCCCCAUGUUGCUCCACCUUCGCCCUCUGGAGGAGCCAGGUGGGGCCACAGAGCAGGCUCCUCCAUCUUCUCCUGCCAACUCUGUCAGUCCACCAGACCCCACAAUGCAGCCUCCACACCACUGCAGUAACAGUCAUAUCUUCACGUCACAAAGCUUCAGUACUAUCUGAAUGUGUUGAAGUACCAUCCAGCAUCCUGUGGCAACCUCAAUGUGAAUCAUGAUCACCACCGACCCGGGCUCCACAGAGGUAGCCUUGGCUCUGCACACGUUCAAGGACACAAGAUUUUGAAGGAUCCCAGUGAGCAAAAUUAAUGGCCUCCAGAGACCAGCACACAGAUGACUCUCUGCACACCAGACCGCAGGGACCGAUAAGAUGUGAUUAGAUCUUCAGCAAGAUGUGGACCUCGCCACAUCAUCUGAAGAUAAAGAAAAUAAAGGCCACAGAAGAUAAAGGCUAAUGGAUCUGACAGAGAUAUUUUGUUUGUUUGAUUUGAUUGGAUUUGUUUUGAUUUGAUGUAAUAUUCUACAUUAAAAAAGAGACAAAUAUACAAAAUAACUUAUUGAACCAAACACAAAACUGUUUUUCUAAUACAUGGAAUGAUGUGAUUGAUUAGUCAAGGAGGUACAAUACACACAACAAAUAUGAAUACAAGGAAAAACUCCAGUCAUUGAGUUAACCUCAAUAUGACCUUCAAUGGGAAAGUGUAGUAAAUCAUCAUUGAUUUAGUGCUAGAGUGUAUUCAGAAUAUGGUCAUUCUGACAUUCAUUAUAAAAUGCCUCAGAUAGGACCAAAAAAGUGUCUGGAGCUAUCCGUCAGGGUAUGAGUGACAACAGGUCCACAUGUCAAAAUGGGGGAAAUCUUAGCAAAUGGCUUAAUGGUUAUUCAUGAGAAUCAAGUGUGUGUGUGUGUGUGUGAGAGAGAGUGUGUGUUUGUGUGUGUGUGGAUGUGGUGUUGCGGUGUGCAUGCAGGCGUGUGUGCAUGUGUGUUUUCCUGUGAUAUAAUUGUUGUUUUCUUCAUCCAGUGUCUUCCAUGAAAUCACCUCAGCAUGUCACACCCUGUUUCCCCUAGAGUGCAGCGACAACAUACCUUCACACAGAAAGAGAAAGAAAGAGAAUGAGACAGAGAACUGGGAGAGAAAGGGGGAGAGAAGGGGUAGGAUAGAGGACGAGAACAAAUGAUUACCCCAGUUGAAAUAUUUCAUCAGCGAUUCCUGGCUACAUAUCCUGUGUGUGUGUGUGUGUGUGUGUGUGUGUGUGUGUGUGUGUGUGUGUGUGUGUGUGUGUGUGUGUGUGUGAGAGAGAGUGUGCUGGAGGGGGGUGUAGUGUAACAUAGCAUAUGCUACAGUUCAUGAUAUGUGCAUUAGUGCCGACUCUAUAAUUCAAACGCGGAGAUGCAAAGCAGAAGCCAUAACACUCAAACGUACACACAACACAUGUACCUAAGGGUGACAUAAUAUUUCCACAAUACCAAUCGUCAGCUUACAAAAUCACCUACUAUGCCUUUAUAUUAAGCUAUUUUGAAGCCAAAUAAAUUUGAUUUGAGAAUG